AUGAAAGAAACAACGAAAAUUCGAAUGGUAUUUGAUGCAUCCGCAAAAACAAAUAUCCGGAAAAGUCUUAACGAUCUGUUAUACCGAGGACCUGUUUUGUUAAACGAUCUAGUUGAAAUUCUCCUUCGCUUCCGACCAAUGGAAAUCGCAAUCAUUUGCGACAUUGAAAAGGUGUACCAUCAGCUGGCACUUAAUGAAAAGGAUCAGGACGUCACUCGAUUUCUAUGGCUGAAGAAUGUUGAUGACCUGACUGAAGGAAAAAAUUUGAUCAUAUUUCCAUUUCGACGUGUGCCCAUCGGUGUUGUUUCAUCAACGUUUCUAUUAGCGGCAGGGAUCAAGCAUCAUUUGCAAUCAAUGCCAUCAAAUGUAGCAAAGGAGCUGGAACGGAACUUGUAUGUGGAUAAUGCUAUCUUAGAAGCAGAGAACCCGCAGGAGGCGAACAGUAAGUGUAAAGAACUUAAGGAAAUAUUUAAGAAAGCGCAAAUGAAUAUGCGCGAAUUUCUUUCAAAUCCGAUUCAAUUCAACAAGUCGAUACCAGAAUCCGAUCGUAAAAAAGAACAAUUAACGAAAGUGCUAGGAAUUAUGUGGAAUUCAACCACCGAUACGCUCUGCGUGAGAUUACCAAACAUAGAAGGAGAAGUAAUGAAACGAAAAAUCUUGCAAGGAAUUGCAUCAAUCUUCGACCCAUUGGGGCUGAUCUCCCCUGCAAUAUUACCAGCCAAGGUCUUGCUUCAAAACUUCUGGAGAAAGAACUACCGUUGGGAUGAUAAAAUAAAUGCUGAAGAAGCCAGUGAAUGGGAACGAAUUAUUAAGGAGUGGAAGAACGCCUGCAUAGAAAUACCAAGAAAAGCAGCAACAAAAAAAGAUUUGAAGGAAAUACAUUUCUUCACUGAUGUUUCACUGCAUGCUUAUGCUACAGCAGUAUACGUGAGAAGUAGAAGUCAAAAGGAAACUAGCUGCUCACUGGUAUUCGCAAAGACGCGACUAUGCCCAGUCAAAGGGACAACGAUCCCAAGAGCAGAGCUGUUAGCUGUAUUAAUCGGAAUUCGUGCAAUGCAAUUCGUCAACAAGCAGUUGAAUUUGCAAAAUAUUCCGGCAUAUUUGUGGACAGACUCUAUGUGUGUGCUGAAGUGGAUUCGUAACCAUGCCAGAAUGCAACCUCGAUUCAUUCAAAAUCGAUUAGAAGAAAUUAGAAAGGCAAAUAUUCGAUUCAAAUAUGUCUCUUCAAAGGAUAAUCCUGCGGACAUCGCAAGCAGAGAGACACAAAUCAACAUGCUCAAAAAGGAUGCACUGUGGUGA